CAGGAUUGCUUGGCUAGUGUCGCGAUUCUCCGAUCCAUCUAAAACUCGUUCCGCCUAAAUUAUUAUAAUCCAAAGGUUGUAAUAACCAACUGCGCAAGCGCAGCAAUUGUUUGUCCUUUUCGGUAGUUUUCCAUUUGAUAUUUGAUGUAUCACCAGUUUGAGGGAAAUAUAGCUAAUAACAACACAGAAGGGACCGAUAAUUUAGUUCGAGCGAAGCCUUAUAGUCGACUCUGGACGUAUUCGACCCAUCAUCAGUUAAUAUACGGGUUUACCGGACAAAAAACUCGGGACUUCGUUUUUGGUUCGAGCGUUGCGGUGUGAUCGACUCUUCUGAGAUGAAUUUGACGGAGGGCGAAGUCGUGUUUUGUCUUGAAAAUCUGCUGAAACUGACUGGAGCAAAAGACCAGAUUCCAAAACGAGGACUGCCAUUCCUCAAUGCUAUAAUCCUUGGAUUCCAUAUGACCUUCCCCUUCCAGAAUAGCAUCCUCAUGGCCGAAGAUCCAACGAAACGACAUCGCCCAACAAUGGCUGAAAUUAAAGAAGACAUGCUUUCGAAACGUGGCGGAAUGUGCUACACCCAAAACGUAUUUCUCUAUUAUCUGCUGCAAGCCAUUGGGUACAACGUGUAUUUCUGCCCAGCAACUGUAUCAACCUCCGUGACAAAUCCGUACAACCACAUCGUCUGUCUGGUAAAGAACGUCGUCACCACUGAUGACGUAUAUCUAGCAGAUACUGCAUGCGGUUAUCCAACGUUUACUGCGGUUUCCAUGCAGUUUGAUAAGGAGUCACCUGUGUUCAAAGAAUCCUUCAUGGAAUACAAGUUCAUAAGGCACGAAGGGAAGAUUCUAUAUAUGCUCGGUAAAGGUUGGUUCAAACCGAAAAUACCUCUUCCAUUUGAUCUCUAUAUUGAUGGAUUCAGGCGAUUUUAUUCCUUUGAACUCCAGUUCAUAUCUGAUCUGCGCCAAUUUGAUGACGUUUUUCAAAACGUCUACACACUUCCGGAGUUGUCUCCCUUUCAUUCAAACCUCAGACUAAUAUCGUUUCCAAACAAGCUAGCGCUGAUAUUUGUGAGUAAUAAAAUGAAAACUGAAAAUGGUGAUCAUGAAUUCGAUUGUGUAACAUUUGAUGACAACGAAGAUUUGUUGAAAAGUUACCUGAAACAUUUCCCACAACUUGGCGAGCAGACUGUGCGAUCCGCCAUUAAAAACUGGCAGUUAGCGUUAAAAUGACUGCAGUAUCGAAUGUUGUAAUUGUUUAUAAAACCCCCAUAAAGACAAACAGAAAGAAACACUUUUAAAUGUAUACUUUUAAAGAUUUCAUACCAUAUUGCUACUGACACUACUACAGUAACUAAAAAUGACAAAAUUAACAAAACGGUUAGGGAUUAUGGAAUAUUUUUAUGUAUGAAACGAUAAUACUCAUCCAACAGAUAUGUAUCAUUGAUGAAAAGCAGGAAUAGUUUGUGGAACAAUAUUUCCAGUUGUGAAUCUUAUGAGAUAUGGGAUGGACACCAGUGAGUGUCAGACAGUCAGUAGCUAUAGCAAGCCACUGGCGCAGAACACUCAAACUUAAUUUUAAUAGGCUGAAUUUGAGAGUUUUUGAAUUGUCGAACAGUAAGUACAUUAGGUUUACAUUGUAAAAACUGACAUUUUAGAUUUCACAGAAAAUGUAGUGCUCUGGGUUUUAAUAAUACAAUGAAUCUUUUUAAUGAUCCAAUUUCAAUAA